AUGGCUCCACGGUUCCUUUUCAUCCUCAUCUCAGCAGUUUCAUCUUUGAGCGGAUUACAUGGCCAGUUCCACGCGACGUUCAUGCCUCGCUGCUCCAUCGACAACUACACCAUGCCCAGCCAGUACCAGGUGAACCUCAACGAGCUCCUGUCUGACCUCUCGGACAAGGCCAUCGCCAACAGCGGAUUCGCCAACGUUACUAAUGGCGAGGCGCCUGACAAGGUCUUCGGCCUCGUCAUGUGCUACGUCGACCGGAACUGGACCGAUUGCCAGAACUGCAUCAAAUCCGCUGUCGCCGGCAUACCGCAGACAUGCCGUUUCAGCCGUCGGGCGAAGGCCACCUACAACGGGUGCGUCCUGGUUUACUCGAGCGAGUCCUUCUUCUCCGUUGACAUGGGCGUAGCUUACCAGUUUCUCGACGUGGGAGGCAGCCCCGACACAAGCGUCACGGCCAGCAUGAACUCAACUCAAUCGAAGCUGAUGAGCCGACUCAUGGUGGAGGCUGCGGGAUCCUCCCUGCGGUGGGCGAACGGAAGCGACAACUACACCGACUCGCAAGGUAUGCUGCAGGUGAUGUACGGUCUCGCGCAGUGCACGAGGGACCUGAACGCGAGUGAGUGCACCAGGUGCCUCACAAAGUUUCUAGCAGAUCCAUUACACGCGACAUGGAUCUAUGGGUAUAGCUGCUACACGCGGUUCCAAGUAGUCAGCCCGAUCCCCAUCACAAUCUUUCCAUUAGCCCAGCUGCCGCAGCAGCCUCCAUCGCCAAUCCCACCAGCUUCAUCAUCUCCCUCCUCAACCCGGCCGGCUAGCAGGAGAAGGGCGCUGCUGGUAGCCGGCGCCUCUGCCGGCUCCAUUGCCUUCGCAUCCUUGGCUGGUGUUUUUGUGUGGUUUGGUUUGCGCCGUUGGAGGAAAGAUGAGUCCGCGAGAAAGCAAGAAAAACAAUUGUUCGACGAGCAGUCCCCAGAUGAGGAGUUCGAUCAGGGCAUGGGGCCCAGGCGGUUCGGGUACAGCGAGCUUGCCAUCGCCACAAGGUACUUCUCUGACCAGGGGAAACUCGGCGAGGGGGGAUUUGGGUCGGUAUACCACGGGUAUUUGAAGGACGAAAAGCUUCACGUUGCUGUGAAGAGAGUUUCCAAGACUUCUCAACAGGGGAAAAAAGAGUACGUCUCCGAGGUGACAAUCAUAAGCCGGUUAAGACACCGCAACCUCGUGCAACUCAUCGGUUGGUGCCACGGCGGCGGUGAGCUUUUGCUUGUCUACGAGCUGAUGCCCAACGGCAGCCUCGACAGUCACAUUCACAACCAGGAGAGCGUUCUGUCAUGGCCUAUCAGGUAUGAGAUAAUUCUCGGUAUAGGGUCUGCUCUAUUGUACCUCCAUGAUGAGUGGGAGCAAUGCGUUCUGCACCGAGACAUCAAGCCGAGCAACUUGAUGCUAGAUGCAUCUUUCAAUGUGAAGCUCGGCGAUUUUGGGCUCGCGAGGCUCGUGAAACACGGGCAAGGAUCACACACCACUAUGCUCGCCGGCACAAUGGGCUACAUGGACCCAGAGAGCAUGGUAUCCGGAAGGGCCAGCACCGAGUCUGACGUAUACAGCUUCGGCGUGGUCAUCCUCGAGAUUGCGUGCGGCCGGCGCCCCCUCCUGGUCCUGCGGGGAAAUGAAGCUUGCACCAUGCACCUGGUGCAAUUUGUUUGGGAAUUGUACGGCGCUGGAAACAUCCUUGACGCAGCAGAUCCUCGGCUAAGCAACCAACUUGACAGCCAAGAGUUGCAGCGCGUGAUGAUCACCGGGCUCUGGUGCACACACCCCGACAGGAACCUCAGGCCGUCCAUCAGGCAGGCCAUGAACGUGUUGCGGUUGGAGGCACCGUUGCCGAGCCUCCCCACAAAGAUGCCUGUUGCCAUGUUUAUUUCGCCGGUUGACAGCUCCUUGUCUCAAUCUCUCGCUGCAACAACCAUCAACAGUUGCAGCAGGUACGGCACAGGCGGGACUAUCUAUUUGGCAUCCGAGCGUUUUUGUUUUCCUUAA